GGGAGGGAGGUGCUGGGCACAUCGCGGCGUCGUUCGGCUGCGGGCUGAACCCACCGUCUCUGAAUUCCAGACCAGCAGGCGCUGCGGGGCCCCGAGAGCAUAAGGGUUUUACCUGCAGAGGAAACACAGGUGUCGGGCUGGGCACGGAACUGCUCGGCCGAGGUGCUGAGGCUAGUGAAGGGUUAGCUUAGCACACAGUGACAGAAGGCAGGUUCCAGAAAAGCGCGGCAGUACUCAAGUAAGCAUGCCUUAAGAAGAUAACUAUGGAUAAAUAUAUUAAAGUACGGAAGAUUGGAGAAGGAUCCUUUGGGAAAGCAAUACUUGUCAAAGCUAAAGAAAAUGGCCAACAGUAUGUUAUUAAAGAAAUAAACAUCUCUAAGAUGUCAAAUAAGGAAAGAGAAGAAUCAAGGAGAGAAGUUGCUGUAUUGGCUAACAUGAAACAUCCGAAUAUUGUCCUCUAUAGGGAGUCGUUUGAAGAAAAUGGCUGCCUCUACAUAGUGAUGGAUUACUGUGAAGGAGGAGACCUAUUUAAAAAGAUAAAUGCCCAGAAAGGAGUAUUAUUCUCAGAAGAUCAGAUUCUGGAUUGGUUCGUACAGAUUUGUUUAGCACUAAAACACAUACAUGAUAGAAAAAUCUUGCAUCGGGACAUAAAGUCACAGAAUAUAUUUUUAACCAAAGAUGGAACAAUACAGCUGGGAGAUUUUGGAAUCGCCAGAGUUCUUAACAGUACUGCAGAGUUGGCUCGCACUUGCAUAGGAACACCAUACUAUUUAUCGCCUGAAAUAUGUCAGAACAAGCCUUACAAUAAUAAAAGUGAUAUCUGGGCCCUCGGUUGUGUUCUCUAUGAAAUGUGCACACUUAAACAUGCGUUUGAAGCCGGUAACAUGAAGAACUUAGUACUGAAGAUAAUCUCUGGACCGUUUCCUCCUGUUUCUGUGCAUUACUCCUAUGACCUACGUAAUCUGCUGUCACAGUUAUUUAAAAGGAAUCCUAGGAAUAGACCAUCAGUAAACUCCAUAUUGGAGAAAAACUUUAUAGCCAAACGGGUUGAAAAAUUUCUUACACCAGAGCUUAUUGCAGAAGAAUUCAAUCACAAAAUUUUCCAGAAGUUUGGACCACAUGCUGCACCAGCUAAAAGACCAGGUCAAGAACAAACACUGACUUCAGUUGCACCAGCUCAAAAAAUUACCAAACCUGCUGCAAAAUAUGGAGUGCCUUUAACUAUCAGGAAGUCUUGUGGUGCACCUAAAAAGCCUAAUGAGAAGAAGCCAUUGACUAAAUCUAGACAGGAACCUUCAAAAAAGAAAAGGUUAGAAUUGCCUGAAAAAGAAAGACGCCAGAGAGAGCAGAUCAGUUUACUGAAGGCAGAUGAAACGAGAAGAUUGGAAAAAGAAAGGAUGGAACGAAUAAACAGAGCCAGGGAACAAGGAUGGAGGAAUGUGCUUGGUUCAGGUGGAAGUGGUGUUAAGGCACCGUAUUAUGUUGGCGGAGGUGGUGUUGGUCCUUUACCUGUGUCUUCCAGAGGACACUAUGAACACUAUCACGCUAUUUUUGACCAGAUGCAACAGCAAAAGGAAAACGUUAGAGUAGCUGAAGAGAGGGAAGCCAAAUUGAGGGCAAAACUACAAGACCGAGAAGUUCUUGAAAGAGGAAUUCCACCUGGAACACGUCCAGGAGUUCCUAGGGGACCUGCAGGUCAUCACCAUUUACCUGAUCUUGGUGCAGUUAGGAAAAAAGUGAAAAGAUUGAAGGAGGUGUCUAAACAAGCCAGUGCAAACAGGCAAAAAGGAUGGAUAACUACAGAUAGAGCAAAGCAAGUUGAAGAAUUCUGGCAACGAAAGAGAGAAGCCAUGGAGAACAAAGCCCGAGCUCAGGGACACAUGGGUACACUGCAAAACGUGGCAGAUACCUAUGGAGGCAGGCCUGUUUCUGCAAGAGGAAGGAAAUCCAGAAACAAGGAGGAAGAGGAAUACUUGGCAAGAUUGAGACAGAUCCGGCUACAAAACUUUAAUGAACGUCAACAGAUUAGAGCAAAACUUCGUGGAGAGAAGAACGAAGCUACCAGUUCUGAUGGACAAGAGUCAAGUGAGGAAGCAGAACUGAAACGCAAAAAGAUAGAAACGCAGAAGGCCCAAGCAAAUGCUCGAGCAGCAGUUCUGAAGGAACAGUUAGAGCGAAAGAGAAAGGAAGCUUAUGAAAGAGAGAAAAGAGCCUGGGAAGAACAUCUGAUUGCAAAAGGGGUCAAGAAUCCUAAUGUGCCUUUUCAUGUGGAAGCUACAGAAGAUAGUCCUGUGAAUGGGCUACAAGAGGCUGGAGCAGCUCUUCCUAAGCCACAACUUCCAGUGAAGCCUGGUGCACCUGUCAUCUCCAUGACUUACGCUUUGAAGGAAGUGGGUGUGGAUGAACAUAUAACUGCUGUCCAGGAAUCUGAGGAGGAAAUAAAAAAGCCAGAUUUUGCAAUGCAAAACAAACGAGAAAUACUGAGGAGAUUAAAUCAAAAUCUUAAAGCCCAAGAAGAUGAGAAAGGACAAAAGGAGUGCAAAAAUGUAUCUGAAUCAGCUGGGUCUGAAGAUGGUAAGGAACAACAAGAAGGUGACCAGCCACUUCUAGGAGAUCGCAAAAAAUGGGAAUCUGGGGCACCUGAGUUGGUUGUUCCUCUAGCUCAGUUAUCAAUGGAAGAUUCUCUCUCUGGAACAGAGUGUCAAACUCUGGGGGAAGUAAUUAAGUUAGAUAUUGGUGAACCCCACAGGAAAGUCUGGGGCAAGAGCCCUACUGAUUCAGUCCUGAGGAUCCUAGGAGAAGCAGAGUUGCAGCUGCAAACCGACAUACUUGAGGAACAAGAUGUAAUAAAUGGUACUGCAGAACUUGUUGAAGGAGAUCAUCAGUCUUCAUCAGAGGAGAAGGAAGACAAGGCUUUCUCUGCUGUUGGAGCUCAGUCUUCAGUACCCAUUGGUGUCACAGAGUCUGUUGUGACUGUACCAGAAGAAUCUAGAAGAGCUGCACCUACCCAGGUGCAGAGCAAACCUAUUACAUUAGAUGAACCUGAUGAUUUGGAAGCAGAGAUGUUGGAAGAAAUGGAAGAUAAAAAGCACCAGAGUAAGGAGAGUAAAGAAUUUCCCAUCACUGUUAAUGAAGUGUGGGUAAAAGAGAAAGAGGAUAUGGCACAAUGUGACAGAACAAAUGAGGCAGCUUUGGAGAAACAAGCACUUGACAAGGUGCAAGCACAAAAGGAAGCUCCAGGAGAAACUUGUUCCAGUGACUCUCAGCAAGCCGAACCCUUAUUCCAGAGGGUAAUACAGCCCACAGCUGUACCAACAGCCUCACCAGUUCUGUCAGCCCAGUCUUCACAGGAAGAGCCUUUUGUACCUCGUUCACGUUCCAUAUCACCAGCAAAAAAUAAAGGCAAAAGUUCAUUGUUGAUUGGACUUUCUACAGGACUUUUUGAUGCAAACGACCCAAAGAUGUUGAGAACGUGUUCACUCCCAGAUCUUUACAAACUGUACAGAACUUUAGUUGAUGUUCCCAGUGUAGCAGAUGUGCAGCAUCAACAUAAUCUUGAAAUAGAUGAUACGGAAGAUGAGCAAGCCAAAGAAGGACCCUCUGAUUCUGAGGAUAUUAUGUUUGGAGAGACAGAUACAGAUUUGCAGGAGCUCCGGGAUUCAAUGGAACAAUUGCUUAGGGAGCAGCCUAGUGAGGAAUUUAGUGAAGAAGAAGAGUCUACUUUAAAGGCUAAUGUCAUCGAAUGCAUAACAAAUGGUACUGAGCUGGAUGAAGGAGAUGAAAAUAAUCCCAGCAGUGAAAGUGCACUUAAUGAAGAAUGGCAGUCAGAUAAUAGUGAUGGAGAGAUUGCCAGUGAAUGUGAAGAAUGUGAUAGUAUCUUCAGCCAUUUGGAAGAGCUGAGAUAUAACCUGGAGCAGGAAAUAGGCUUUGAUAAAUUAAUUGAAGUUUAUGAGAAAAUAAAGGCUAUACUUGAAGAUGAAGAUGAAAAUAUUGAUAUUUGUUCAGCCGUAGUUCAGACUGUUCUUGGAAAUGAACACAAACAUCUCUAUGCCAAAAUACUUCACCUAGUAAUGGCAGAUGGAGCCUACCAAGAAGGUAAUGAUGAAUAAACCUGACUCAGGAAAUUCCUUAAUGCUGUACUACAUACCAGUGUCUGAAGUCUGCACAGCUGAAUAACGAAUUGUAGUGGAGAAUGUAACAUGGGGCAGGAGAGGCAAGACUUCAAAAAAGAAUGUUGAUUGUAUGAAAAAGAGAAAAAACAUGCCCUUUAAAACUGAGAUAUCUACGGAGUUCUCUUGUGUGUAUUUGCAUAUGUGUCCCUUAAAUACUAGGUGCCCAAAAUUUAAAAAAAAAAAAACCAAAAACAACCAACAACCAAGAAAAUCAACAAAACCCAAAAACCUCAACAAAACAAACAAAAAAAACCCCUUAAACCUGUAACCUAUCAAAUUCCAAGAGAAAUAUAGAAAGAAAUACCUGUAUAUAUUCUGCUACAAAACUGAGACCUAUAAUUAAAACAAAAUUUCUGUCAUAUCAACAGUUGGCUGGUACAGUUAAGCAAUUGGAAGCAUUAAUGUGUUGUGGAAGUACCCACAUCUAGCUAGUCACUUACACACUUAAAAUAGCUUUUCUUUACACCUACAUAAAGAAAUUACUUUUAUUGACCCUCAUGGUUGUAUUUUAAUAGCAUCUUAAUCUAGUGGUCUAGUUCAAAUAUUUCACUUUUAUUUUAUUUUGAAGCUGAAGGCUUCUGUCAUAUCUGAAAUAUCUUAAUGGUGUUUCUGAAUCAAGGCAGACUGGUACGUAAGUCUUCAGAGAAAUGCCUGGGGGGUUUUUUGAGAUUGUAAAAUCCAUUUGGAGCUAGAAAACUCUUUUUUCCACUAUUUUUCUUCCUCUUCCCCUUCCCAAAAAUCCAAGUUAUUUAGCUGUCUUGAAUUUUGUAAUCUAGUUGAUGAUAAUGUUGAAUUGAAAGGAGUGGAGGUUUUCCAGUUUGUUUCUAAAGUCUUACUGUUACACUCAUGGCUCCAGCAGCCAUGGGGGAAAAUGAAAUAUUGCAGGCCCAAGUGCUUUGUAAUACUUCAAAUCUUUUGGCUGCUGUAUUGUAGCUUGGUUUCCACCACCCCAAAAGCAAAACCAGCUUUUUUCUGACCCACAGUUCCUUGUUCCUCAUGUCAAAGCAGUACUAUACAGGCAGACAUUAGGUAUUCUGUUGUUUUCCAGUCAUUGCCUCUGAAACAACUUUACUGGUUUACUAUUACAGUAAGUCUCUUGUUACAAAUCCAAUGAACUGUCAAACUUCCAAGUGCCCUAUUGGAGAAAAAUAGGGUUUUGGAUGUUUUUCAGCUACAGCCAGUCACAAUCGAAAACUAUCAAAAAUUGCUUUUCCACAAAGUAAAAUCAAGUAUAUAUAUAUAUAUAUAUAUAUUUAUUAUUUAAACUGUCAAAAUAUGUACAUGAUUUUUGUAUAGUUGUUUUACUGUGUCAUUAUUAAAGUUUUGCCGACCGAAAAGUGUUAUUUUUUUAAAACAGAUACAAUUCCUAAAGGUAGACCAAACUUACUCUAGUUCAGUGGUAUCCUGGGAAUCUGCGGUCAGAGUAAAAUUCAUAAUAAUAAUUAAUUACCUUUUAAUACAUUUUUUAAUAUCCUUAUUUACUUGAUAAACAGCUCUUGCUUCAUCUGA